UUAUUGAAAAUGAGACGGAAAAAGAUAAAAAUUUUAAUAAAAAUACAUAGAGCUAUAAAAGAAAAUUGGUAUAAUUUUGAAUUAAAUGAAGAAACUGCACCUUAUUACCAAAUAAGAGACCAAUUAUCUGUUGACGGAAAAUUAAUUAAAAAAGAUUCAGAAUCUCAAAUAAUUAUACCUGAAAAAUUAAAAAUCAUUAUUUUAAAUUUAAUACAUAAUGGUCAUUAUGGGAUAGUAAGGUGUAAAAGUAAAGCACGAAAAUAUGUUUGGUGGCCUAAUAUUAAUAGAGAUAUUGAAGAUUUUGUAAAAUUGUGCCAGGUAUGUCAAAAAUAUGCGCCUGAGGAGCCUAAAUUAAGUAAAUAUUAUGAAUGGCCUGAAUCAAAAACAUGUUUUGAACGAAUUCAUAUAGACUUAGCAGGCCCAUUUCUAGGGAAAAAUUUUCUAGUUGUUAUAGAUUCGUAUUCAAGAUUUCCAUGGGUUUUUGAAAUUAAAAAUACAAAUUCGGCCGCGGUUAUUAAAAAAUUGAGAGGAAUAUUUGCAACAUUUGGACCGCCGAAUACCCUUGUUAGUGAUAAUGGGAGACAACUAGUUUCGUUUGAAUUUGACUCCUUUUUGGAAGAAUAUGGAAUCAAACAUCUAAGAUCUCCUGCCUACCAUCCUCCAAGUAAUGGUUUAGUAGAAAGGUUUAUUCAAACAUUUAAAAACGGCAUAAAGAAAAUGCUAGACAGUUCAAUCCCUUUAAAAUUGCCCGAGAAACUAUUUUGCUUGAAUAUAGAGCAUCACCGCACAACUCCCUUAAUGGGGAAUCUCCGGCAAAGCUUUUUCUUAAACGAGAGAUUAAAACACCGCUCGACUUAA